AUGUUUGAAUCGGUUGUGGCUACGCUUCUCAAUCGGUUUUUAGGUUCUUAUAUCGAGAACUUUGACACAAAACAACUCAAUAUUGGUAUCUGGAGUGGGGAUGUGCAAUUGCACGAUUUGCGCCUUAAGAAAGAGUCCUUGGACAAGUUCAAACUACCACUUGACGUCAAAUUUGGCCAUUUGGGCCAGCUCACUUUGCAGAUCCCCUGGUCAAACCUCAAGGGGAAACCAGUGAAAGUGAUCAUUGAGGACGUCUACUUACUUGCGUCUCCGAUAAUCAUAAAUGAUUAUGAUGCGGAAGACGAUAAGCGCCGCCAGCAAAUCUUGAAACAGGAGAGGCUCAAGGAUUUGGAGGCACUUCAAAGCGCAGCAAGCGCAGGCGGCGCCUCGGACUUGCCAAACAACGAGUCAUUCACCGAAAGUUUGAUUACAAAAAUUGUUGACAAUUUGCAGGUGACUAUCAAGAACAUCCACAUUCGCUAUGAAGAUGACUCUGUGCUCACAGAAAAUCCUUAUUCUUUGGGCCUUCUAUUAGAAGAAUUGUCUGCAGUGUCUACAGAUGAAGGAUGGAAUCCUAGUUUCAUCUCAAUCACCCAAGAACUCACUCGCAAAUUGGUGCGUUUGAAGAGUUUCGCGUGCUACAUGGAUACAAACUCAUCUUCCGUAUAUGACGAAGAUAAGGAAAAGCUUUUGCGCACACUCAAGCAGAUAUUUUCGGACCCGAAGAACGCACACCAAUAUUUGCUUAAACCUGUCUCUGGAGAGGGUCAUUUGUCUAUUCAUAAAGCAGGUGCUACACUGUCACAUCCUCAUAUUCGAACAGAGUUGUUCUUUGAUGAAUUUGGGGUGGAUUUUGAUGGUAGUCAAUAUAGAGAUGUGUUAUGGACUGCCUCGAAAUUCCACUGGUAUCAAAAGACAUGGAAAUUCAGAAAGUUGCGGCCUAAAAUACCCGUGGAGGAAGAUCCGCUUGAAUGGUUCAGGUAUGCGGCUAAUUCUGUUUUGAAUGAAAUUCACGAGAAGAAUUACAAAUGGAGCUGGGAGCAUUUCAAAAAGAGAAGAGACCAGAGAAAAGCCUACAUACCUUUGUGGAAAGAAACGUUAGUCAAGCAUACAUUGAGUGCCGAAAACGCAUCCAAACUAGAAUCGUUGGAGAACGAGCUCUCAUACGAAGAUAUAAAGUUCUACAGGUCUCUUGCCCGUAAUGAAGUGAGGAAGGAAAAUCUCGUUACUGCAUCCACUGAUACACAUUCAAAGAGUAAAGAGGGAGGUUGGUUUUCAUGGUGGGGAGGAGGCUCGAAAGAGGCUCCGAAAUCCCAGGAAUCAGGCCUUGAUAUUUCUUUGACCGAUGAACAGAGACAGGCUCUCUAUGAUACAAUCGACUACGACGAAAAUCAGAGUGUGAGUAACACAAUUGACAUUCCACGGGAUCGCACAACGAUGGAGAUAUAUGUGACAGUGAAGAAGGCAGGAGUUUCUCUCAAGACUCAAAAGAAUGGUGCCACGUUGGCCGAGGUUGCGGUAGAAGAAUGCACAACGCAAUUUUAUCAAAGACCAGACUCGUUUUUGGCUAAGUUUCAAAUGCAGGAGCUUCGGGUUGAAGAUGGGUCGGAGAAACCGUUGUAUAAGCACAUUGUUAGUGUUAAGCAUUCACAUUCCAGCUUGCACAUCGAUGAAGGGAUUCAGACACCGUCAUCUUCGACCGAACCAUUCUUCCAAAUUUCUUUCGAGGAUAACCCAUUAGAUGGAAGUGCAGAUUCUCUGAUCGUUGCAAAAUUGAAGUCAAUGACUAUUUUCUACAAUGCUCUUUUCAUCGAAAAGGUUAUCCGGUUCUUCACUCCUCCCAAAAUUCACCUCGAUACAGUGGGAGCAAUUAUGAAUGCUGCCGAAGCUACCAUGGAAGGAAUCACCUCUCAAACAAGACUCGGGCUUCAGUAUGCCUUGGAGGAACACAAAAACAGUCAAUGUUCAAUUAGAUUUGCAGGCUCCGUUGAUAAUUAUGCCAAUUGA